GCCCACUUAACAACACCCCGUCAGUUCGAACCACACGUCACGUAGGUGCUUAACCUCAAAACCAACACUAACUUACUCUGGGACUCGAGGUGAUACCGACGCCAUCUCUAUUGAAAAAUGGAGCCCCAAGGAAUAAGAGAAGAAGCCUUCCCCGCGCGGAGUAGACAAGAGACGGGCACAGUGAACGGCGUCCCUACCGAAGUCACUUCCGUGUCCUUCUCUGACAAGUUCAUGGUGACAAUCUCCCAAGACGGCAAGCUCUCACAAUGGAUCCAAGUGCCUCUGCAAGCAUCGUCAGGCGGCAUGGUCGACCUGAGCCUGCCGUCAAGUAGCAGGGGACUGCUUCCUUCCGUCCACCUCACACCCAAGACUCUUCUCGGCGGAGGUGGCGAUGAGAGGGAGACUCUCGGGCAGCUCUACGCAGCACAGAUUGCCAGUCUCAUCUCUAUCAGAGACCCAGAAGAUCGUAGGACACUGGUUCUCGGGUUGGGACUCAACAAGGUCGAUACCGAGAGGGAGGCCUUCUUUGACACGAUUGAGCUGAUACAAAAGGUGCUAUAAAAUUCGAAUCUGCAUAGACGAAGAUGCAUGUCUAAAAGAGAGUUUAUUCAAACUAUUCAAUGCAGGCAGAGAUGGGUUUAAGGCUGGACUAUGCCGGGUCGAGGACUGCCGCGUAUGUUCAAGACGGUCGUCUGAGAAACCGGAUGUUCCGUUCGCCUUCUUGAGGCAGCCUUGAGUUGGAAGACGCCAGCACACACCAUCUGCCUCGAGUGAAUUAUUGAGUCACGCAAGGGCACUUGCAAGUCGUCCGCUUUCUCAAAAACCACACUUGAGCUCUUGGGUAUUGAAACGUAAAUAGCCGAGCCUAGCAAAACAAACCUCAUGCAUGGCCUUCAUUGAUAUGGUCCAUCUUCGCCAUGCUGCAUAGCCUGAAACAAAGUGAAAUGCAACUCAAUCUUGCGCUCUGCCUCUUUUCACAUGGCAAGGAGGUUAAGGAACAUCUCUCAAAAUAGAUUACGCAACAACAAUUAUGUGCUGUCAUUUCUG